CCCACGAGAAGCCGCAUGGCUCCCGGCGUGGAGCUGGGUUUCGCGGCGGCGGCGGCGGAGGGCCCGGGCGGUGCCUGGCGGCUGCGCAGCGCCUGCUUCCCCAGCAAGGUCGGGGGCCGGCCGGCGUGGCUGGGCGAGGCCGGGCUGCCGGGCCCCGCCGCCCUGCGCUGCGGCCGCUGCCAGCAGCCCUGCGCCUUCCUGCUCCAGCUGUACGCGCCGCUGCCCGGCCGCCCCGACGCCUUCCACCGCACCCUCUUCGUGUUCGCCUGCCGCAGCCCCGCCUGCUACCGCCCGGCGGGCCCGAGCGGGCCCUUCCGCGUGUUCCGGAACCAGCUGCCGCGGCGGAACGACACGUACUCCGAGGAGCCGCCCCCCGAGGAGCCGCCCCCGGGCCCGGCCCCCGCGCCCCCCCGGCGGCUGGGCAGCGGCGCCGCGCUGUGCCGCGUCUGCGGCUGCCUCGGGCCGCGCAGCUGCGGGCGCUGCCGCCGCGCCGCCUACUGCGGGCCCGAGCACCAGGCGCUGGACUGGCGGCGCGGGCAUCGCCGCUCCUGCGGGCAGCUCGCCGCCGGAGAUGACUCGGCAGAUGCAAUUCCAGAGCAUAACGAAUUCCUUUUUCCAGAAUAUGAAAUUUUGAUAGAACCUGAGGAACCAGAAUCUCCUGCUGACAACAGUGAUGAUGAACAAGGAGCUGAAAAUACAUCAAAGGAUGCGAAAGAACAAGAACUUGGAACUGCAGGCGUGGCAGAUGAAGCAUUUCAGUCCUUAGAUGAAGAGACAUUGGAAGCAAUGGCAAAACAUGAGACUGGCGAAGAAAAGAUCUUCCAAAUGUUUAAAAAACAAGUAGCUGCUGAACCAGAGCAGAUUAUUAGAUACUGCAGAGGAGGAGAAGGUCCACUCUGGGUGUCAGGUGAAAAUAGACCUGAAGAAAAAGACAUCCCCAAUUGUGUGUGUGGUGCCAAAAGGAAAUUUGAAUUCCAGAUUAUGCCACAGCUCCUGAAUCACCUUCAGGUCGACAGCCUCGGAGAGAGCAUUGACUGGGGAACACUGGUGGUGUACACUUGUGCCGACAGCUGUGGUGGGGCAAAUUUGUAUCUGGAAGAGUUCAUAUGGAAACAAGACUAUUCCAUGGGCUGUACUAUAUGAAGUUGAGUCAUCAAAUGGAAUACUUGAUUUGUUUCACUGCAUCUCUGUAGUAUGCAAACAAGUAGUUGAACUGAAGUCACUGAUACGUGUGCAUCUUGUAACAUGAUGAAACUGCUGUAACUAGACCUUGACUGCCUCUCUUGUGCUCCAGAGGAACUUUUACUUCAACCUAGUACUGAAGCCAGAUGUGCUUGUUCAGAAGGCUUCAUUUUAAAUCUCAUUUCUGAAAGUUUAUUAAAUAAAGAUGAAAAACUUU